GUUGCUUCUUCUUCUUCUAGCAGUGCAGUGUUUAUCUCACGUUUUUGUUUUUGCAAACUGAUAACGCGACGCAAUUGAAGUCUAUAGUGAAAAUUAGUUUUUCAUAUAGAUGGAAAAGCGGCCACGAUGAGCGGCAACACACACGGACUCAGCUGGUUUCCGCAUUUUCCCGACAAAUUCGUGUCGUGGGGCCAGGAAAUCCAUUUGUACGAGGUGCGCCGCAAGGAUGAUCACAGCCAGAAAAGUCGCCUGCCUUACAUAUCCGUGAACUACCUCGCCAACGAAUCGCGCUAUCAAUAUGCCCGCUGCGUGGCCGCCUCUUAUCACAGUGACCAGCCCAUAAUUGCAGUGGGUCUGGCCGAUGGCAAAGUCGGUAUAUGCAAUUUUCGGGACACCUACGACAGCAGCUGGGAGUACACCCCCAGGCAGCAGCGCAUGUGCACCUGCCUCGCUUGGAACGAACUGGAUGCCAAUAUACUGGCCAUUGGACACGAUCGCCAUCGGAACGACACCUGCAUCACCAUCUGGGACAUCGAACGAGGUGUUCCCAAGGAGACGGCCAACUUCUUUGGCGUCGGCGAGUCGGCCAAUUCGAUUUGCUGGGAUCGCAACCAUCGCACGGUCAUUGCGGGCAUGAGCCAAAAGAUGAUCAAGCUAUUCGAUCUGAGACAAAGUAACGCCACCUGCCAGAGCAUUCAAACGAAGACAGUGCAGGGACUUUCGGUGUCGCCCAAUGGAAACUAUCUUUGCAGCUAUGUGGACUCUGUGAUCACGCUCUGGGACCCGCGGAACAUCAAGAGUCCGCUCCGGCAGAUCCAGUCCUCAAAGAAUCAUCUGCAGAUCGCCUGGUGCCCCACUAGGACUAGCCUUCUCUCCUCCCUGCAAAGAGAUUCUUCCUACAUCACCCUCUAUGACAUUCGGAGUGUGGAUAAUGAGAAUUCCGGAGAGAUUUACCAUGUGAAACGACAGAUUAGUCCCUUUCCGGCUAGAUAUCAGCACAGUGGAAAGUUUGCCUUCGUCAAUUGCCUGUCGUGGCAUUCAAGAGAUUUCGAGAGGGCUCUAAUUCUGGCAGAUGCAGUGAAUAUCCUCGAUUUUCGAUUGCCUGCCACUUUGCAUACGGCUCACAGUAAUCGCCGAAAGUUGCCACUUCUGAUGCAGCGUCCACUUUACACACCCGCAUCACCAACUUCCACCACAGCUGCCACGCCCACUCAGCAGCAUCAGCAGCAGCAGCCCACGAGCAGCUGUAGCACAAAUAGUGGGAGUUCCCUGGACUUCAGCAGUCCCAGUGGUUCCCCCUUAAAUGUGGACUUACUAGAACCGGAACUCUUUGAACUUGAUCUGGUGGAUGAGACACGUCAGAGGGCACUGGAGGAUUAUGGCAUUAGGCCGGAUAACAAACGAUUUGCUGAGCUCCAUUUAACCCCAUAUCUGCGAAAUGUCUGGUCCACCCUAAACAAUGUCUACUGCGAGGAUCGUUUGACAGGUCUGAAGGCCACCUUGGGCAUAAAUUUGGGACACACCUCAGAGGCCUUGAUGGCCAGCUCUCGCAUCGAAUCUCAGGUGCUCCAAUGGCCAGAGGGCAUCAAUAACUCUAACAAGUUGAUAUGCUACAGGAGCGAGCAACGUGACCUGGCUCUUCAACUCUGUGGCUGGGCCUUCGAGCAGGAGCUGGAACGCUUUAUCGACCAGUUGUAUGCCAACAAGGAGUACAGCCGGGCGGCCAUGAUCUGCGUGUUCCACCUGAAGAUCUUCCACGCCUGCAACAUUCUUUCCUCGGCGGCGGACAACAUGAGAGAUCCCAGCAUGUACCGGAUCACGGUGAUUGCCUUGUCCAGCUUCAAUGCCGAUCGCUGCAGUUCCACGUGGCGAAAUCAGAGAUCCAGCGCCAAUAUGCAGAUACACGAUCCACAUUUAAAGGCCGUUUUCUCCUUUUUAACCAUGGAGAAGGAUAAUUUUGAUGCAGUUCUUAAGGAAGAGGGGGUUUUACUGUCAGAUCGCGUGGCCUUCGCCUGCAAAUAUCUGUCGGAGACGAAGCUGGCCGAUUAUGUGACGCAGCAAAUUCAAGCGGCCAUAGAUGGCGGUGAUCUGAAUGGCUUGCUGCUCACUGGUGAGUCGCUGGACGGGAUCAACAUACUGCAGUCCUACAUGGACACCAGCUUCGAUGUGCAGACGGUAGCCCUGGUGGCCAUAAACUAUUUCCGGCAAGAGCACUUUGCGGACAAGCGCAUCCAGUACUGGAUUGCCAGCUACCUGGAUCAUCUGAACAGCUGGGGUCUGUGGGAAAAGCGUGCCGAGCUGGACAUCAAGAUCGAGGGCAUUCGCCCCUCUUCGCGCAGUUCGCGCACCGUCUUCCUGUCCUGCAACUUUUGCGGCAAGUCAGUAUCGAAUGCCCUGUUGGAUGAGCCACGUCCACGGAGCACCACCACCAGCACCAAUCGACUCUCCUCCUGUCCCAGCUGCCGGAAGCCCCUGCCCCGCUGCUCGCUCUGCCUGAUGCACAUGGGCACCAUGGUGAACAUGAGCAACGGCGAGCCACCGAACACGGCGACCGCCGCCGAGGUGCCCGGCUGGCAGACGAAGCCCUUCUCGAAGUGGUUCUCCUGGUGCCAGACAUGUCGCCACGGCGGACACACCGAGCACAUCAUGCAGUGGUUCAAGCAAAACUCAGAGUGCCCCGUGUCGUCGUGCAACUGUCGCUGCUUCGACAUGGACGGCACCAAGCCGAAUACUUUAAGAGACAUUUCCUAGCUGGCCGGAGGACUCAUCCAUGGCCCCGCCCCCUGUACGCCCAUGCCAUAUGCAUUAAGUUGUUUAUUUGUUCCAAAAAGCGCGCGCCUUAAACAAACUCAGAAGUGUUCAUUGUACUUAGAAAAGGGAUGUGCCCGUAGCAUUAGUGUUUAUGACCUACCAGCUUUUAGCUGCUCAAUUGCAUUUUAUACUUACAUUCAAAUAAAGGACUAUAAAAAUU